AGGGAGGGAAGUUGGAGGUUCUCACGCUUUAUUUACGCGCUGCCUCCUCCUUCCCCGCCUCCUUCGGACUCGUGUUUGGCUGCUUCCUCCUCCUCCUCCUCCUCCUUCUCCUCCUCUUCCUCUCUCUCUCUCUCUCUUUGCUGGACUCUCCUCUUCCUAAGUCAUCGGGAAGAAAAGCUGGGGAGGCCCGAAAACUUGGCGUUUGCAUUGCAUUGCAUUGCAUUGCAUUUCUUCUUCUUCUAAUUUUUUUUUUUUUGCAAACGACCCGGGACUUUUGCUGACACGCGUUGGCCAAGAUCAUGGGAACGCCGGCACAUCCCCGAGACGGGCUCCCGCUUUGAUCAAACCGAUUGCAAAAAAAAAAAAAAAAAAGGGGGGGGGAGUAAUAGAAGCUGCAUUCCCCCGGCUGGGGACCCCCCCACCCUCCCCUCCUGCACCGCAGACCCGGUUAGGGGGAGAGCGGUGGGCUUCCCCCAUGGCUGGGUGCCUGGAAGAGGACGACGUCCCCCUGAUCUUGACCUUAGAGGACGGCAGGAGCCGGAGGGUCGAGCCGGAGGGGGUCCCCAAUGAAAAUGGCAUCAAUUAUGACGAGAUCCACGAUAUGUCCAGCCCAGCGACGGGAGAACGAUGUUCUCACCCGUGGGAUCGCGGAAGACGAACUUGGGAAAUGAACUACCAGGAAGCUGCAAUUUAUCUACAGGAAGGCGAGAACAAUGAUAAAUUCGUCACUCAUCCCAAGGACCACAAAGCCCUCGCCUCCUACCUCUUUGUCCACAACCAUCUCUUCUAUCUGAUGGAGCUAACCACAGCUCUGUUACUCUUGCUGUUGUCGCUCUGCGAAGCCCCCGCGGUUGCCAUAUUCCGCCUCGGCAUUUACGUCCACGCUACCUUGGAGCUGUUCGCCUUGACGGUUGUGUUGUUUGAGCUCUCCAUGAAAUUAAGAUGGCUGGGCUUCCAUACCUACAUCCGCCACAAAAGAACCAUGGUCAAGACCUGCGUCCUCUUCCUGCAGUUUGUAGAAGCGGUCGUGGUGUUGGUGCGUCAGACAUCCCACCUUCGCAUCACCCGAGCCUUGCGGUGCAUCUUCCUGGUUGAUUGUCGUUAUUGUGGAGCUGUGAGAAGAAACCUACGUCAGAUUUUUCAGUCUCUGCCACCCUUCAUUGAUAUUCUCCUCCUUUUGCUUUUCUUCAUGGUCAUCUUUGCGAUUUUGGGAUUUUAUCUGUUCUCUCCAAACAAAUGGGACCCUUAUUUCAACACUUUGGAGAGCAGCCUGGUGAAUCUUUUCGUUCUUCUCACCACUGCCAAUUUUCCUGAUGUGAUGAUGCCCUCUUACUCCCGAAACCCAUGGUCCUGUGUCUUUUUCAUCGUGUAUCUUUCCAUCGAGUUGUAUUUCAUUAUGAAUUUGCUCCUGGCUGUCGUCUUUGACACCUUCAGUGACAUUGAAAAAAGGAAGUUCCGAUCGCUAUUGCUUCACAAGCGCACCGCCGUCCAGCACGCCUACCGCCUGCUGGUUAGCAAACAGAGACCCUCGGGGAUUGCUUUCAAGCAGUUUGAUGGCCUGAUGCGCUACUAUGCGCCCCGGAUGAACAUCCGAGACCGUUAUCUGACUUUCAAAGCACUGAGUCAAAGCAACAGCCCUUUGGUCAGUUUGAAGGAUAUGUACAGUUUCUACGAAGUGGCUGGUUUGAAAUGGAAGGCCAAAAGAAACCGAGAACAUUGGUUCGAUGAUCUUCCAGGGACAGCUUUCCUCAUUUUUAAAGGUAUUAACAUAUUAGUGAAUUCUCGGGCUUUCCAGUAUGGCAUGUAUGUUCUGGUGGCUGUGAACGGACUCUGGAUUCUAGUGGAAACCUUCAUGUUGCGAGACGGAAUCUUUUCUCGUGACGUCCCCUGGAGUUACAUCAUGUUCCUCACAAUCUAUGGGGUCGAGGUGCUGUUGAAGGUCACCGGCUUGGGGCCGAAAGACUAUCUCUCUUCGGGCUGGAAUCUUUUCGACUUUGCCGUCACUUUGUUCGCGUUUUUGGGUCUCCUGGCACUGGCGUUCGAUAUGGAGCCCUUCUACUUCAUUGUUGUGCUGCGGCCUCUGCAGUUACUGAGGCUGUUUAAAUUGAAGAAACGUUACCGGAAUGUCCUCGACACGAUGUUUGAACUUCUCCCUAGGAUGGCCAGCCUAGGCCUAACUUUACUCAUCUUCUAUUACUGCUUUGCCAUCGUUGGCAUGGAAUUCUUCUCCGGAAAACUCUACCCAAACUGUUGUAACACCAGCACAGUGGCCGAUGCCUUUCGUUUGGUCAACCGCACCAUUGGGAACAAGACUGUGGUGGACCAAGGCUACUACUAUCUCAAUAACUUCGACAACAUUUUGAACAGUUUCGUGACUCUCUUUGAGUUGACGGUAGUGAACGAUUGGUACAUCGUCAUGGAAGGGGUCACCUCAGAAACGUCUCACUGGAGCCGUCUGUAUUUCAUGAUUUUCUACAUCGUGACCAUGGUGGUGAUGACAAUCAUAGUCGCUUUUAUACUGGAAGCAUUUGUGUUCCGCAUGAAUUAUGCCCGCAAGAAUCAGGAUUCAGAAGCAGAAGACAGCGGGAUUGUCUUUGAGCGGGAGGUCUCCAAGGAAGAAAUUGGGGGCCUAGCUGAGACCUAUGGGAGGCAAGGUGACAACUUGGCAGCUAGCCAACUCCUCAAGGUCGUUUCCCAGAUGGACAGGCACCGGCAAACCGCCAUGCUGUUCCUGGGCCGACGAUCAAGGACCAAAAGUGAUUUAAGUAUGAAAAUGUACGAAGAAGAGAUACAGGAGUGGUACGAAGAACAUUCCAGAAGGGAGGAACGAGAGCUUCCUUGGCACGAAGACGAGGAGUUGCUCAACCAGACCUUCCACCCUCCUGCCCUCCGGCAGCGUUCGCAAACCAUCAUUUAAACUCGGCUUAAUCAGGAAAGCCGGUUCUCCUAUGCAUUGAGCCUGGGCUUGGCAGCGCGGUGGUCUCUUACCAGCCUCCCCUCAAUCAGAUUUUCCUUUAAUGGUCCUAAUCUCUUGAAAUCUCCAGCCAGGACCCUGAGAUCUUGUGAGAAGGAGAAGACAACCAUUUUUAUCAUUACUAUUUUUAAAAAAUGUUGGUCUUCUCCUUUCUUGGCGUGGGGUGUGUCUGGAAGAACUUUUCACCUUGCGGUCGUUGCAACGGGAAACUCGUGCAAAGUCCUUCCUUGACCGAAGGACCACUGGCCCUUCUUUUGAAGAAGACCUCUUCAUUUUUGUCCUUGUGGCUGCUGUGGCAAAAGGCCAGUUGCUGUGGUGGAGCUGGCGUAGAUUAGAGGGCUGAAAACCGGCCCCGUUUGCCAGCGGAGACAGCCCAGCAGGAGAGAAAAUACAAAAUGCAUGCAUCCUGGCGUAACCCAUCACGCCGUCUUCCAUCAGCAGUCGAGAUCGGCUAAAAAAAAUGGCAAGAAGGCCGGUGGAAUCGCCAAGCAUCAACUACAUCGCUCUCUGUAAUCCGCGAUGCACUAAAUGCAGCUGAGUGAAGUAACGCAAAUUCGUUUUACACCACUCCUUCGAUUUCCACCUCCCACCCCUUCGUUGUUCCUCGGCAUCUGUAAAGACUGCUAGUACUCCGGUGACUUGCUUGGCGCAGUUUUUACCCAAACGUAGCAAGGUGCCCAAAUGGGCACUUAAAACAGAACCCAGGACCAACUGAGAUUCGUAGCAUCUUCCUAGCAAAACUGAGUUUUUGGUUCAGUGAAAUCCUGGACAGGUUUAAAAGACUCUAUCCUGCUCGCAAACUUUGUCCUGCGUUGGCAUAACGAUUCAUUCUGGGAUCUGAACAUUUGCAGCGGCAUCUAUCUGAACAGCAACGGGCCAGUAGGCGUUGUAUUAAACCCUGAACGAAUCCUGCCGAAAAGUAAAUUGUAUUAACUCCUAAAACGCUGCCAAAGGGGCACUGCAUUAAAGCCUGAAGCCCCGAUUGCUGAUAGGCAUGAUAGAAAAGCAAUAAUUCUUGUGACAGAAAAGACAGAAGUGACCUCGGAAUCAGGGUGUCUUUAUCAGGUUUUAUUUCGGAUUCCGCUUCCGCAGAAAUUCCUUUCGUCGGUUACCAAGCUUGGGGAUCUCUUCAGUCGAUCUCUCCGCCACGAGGGAAACCCAGCAAGCAGAUUUGUCGAGCGUUCUUUGUUUGGCAAACACACAAUAGGCAAAGGAGUGUUAAGGUUUUGCCUCCUUCUGUUAAUCUCGAUUGCUAAUUAGCAAACGGUAAACGGAAUUUGCUUUUUUUUCCCCCCUGCCAAUUUAUAAGCAGAAAAAAAAAAGACCCUUGUCCCUUCUGUAAUUUUAGGAUGGCAAACCUAGAAAAUUUGUUUUCUCACGUCUGCUAACUCUGGCGUAAUUCCUCGUUUAAAAACAACAGGCUGAUUUCCACACUAAAUAAAUAAAUGGAGAAGGGUUGGCUUUGAAGGGGCUAAAUUAUUUUCCACUUGUUAGAGGGAGGACGAGUUUAUUUUACUCCCAAGCUGAUCUCCGAAUAAGGGAUGGGUUUGAGAUAAAACAAUCACCAUAAAUGAGAUUUCCUUUUCUUAAGCAGCUCAAUUUUAUGACGGCAUCUCCGAAUGUACCUCCCUGAGCUACGUUAAUGGCUGUGGAAGAUUGCCCUUGUAGUCUUUAACACUUAACAGAGGACACCCAGUUGAGGAGAUAAAAGAGUUCCUGCACCUAUGAUGCACUCAACGUCUGUUCUCGUCCUAAAAAAAGAAUGCAAAUAUUUUAUAAGGUAGUAGAUAGCCACAAUUCAGCCACGUCCGUCUGUGGACUUCAACUCCCAGAAUUCCUGGGCUGUGGGGGCGACUCUGGGAGUUGAAGCCCACCCAUCUGGAGUUCCUCCAGGUUGAAAAAGGUUGCUUUGAGGAGAGGAAAGGGGGCAUCUAAAAAAAAAAAAAUACAUUAUUGGUUCAAGAGGGCAUUAUGUUAUCAAUUCAGGGAAGCCAUUCCUUCCUGCUGUAUCAAUCAAGUUUGUUAAUUCUUUUUUUAAAAAGCGAUAGGUUCAAAGGUGGGCAUAGCAUACUGUAACAACCGGUUUGCCCAGCGGCUCGCCCAGCGAGCGCGCAUGAGUGCGUCACAAAACACGGGAAUUCGCUCACGCGCCCUGUCCGCACAUGUGUCCGGCGUCAAACAACACAGUGAUAUAGGACAGGAUUGUGCCUGGGCACUCGCAGAUCGCAACUACCGGUUCGCCCAAACCGGCAGCGGCCCACCACUGGAUAGGUUGAAGCAAAAAAACAGAUGGAAGGUUUUCUAAUAAACAUUCAUUAGGGCAGGUGUCGGCAACCUGCGGCUCCAGAGCUGCAUGCGGCUCUUUGGGCCCUCUGCUGGGACUCCCUGUCGGGUGAUCCCACCCCUCGCCCUCCCCUCCCAGUUACUCCUCGCCUGGCCUGAGAAGGAAAGGGCGACGGCAGGGGAUGGAGAAGUGGCCGGGGCAGAGACAGAGAGAUACAGAGAGAGAGAGGGUGAGGAAGGAGAGAGAGAUGUCAAAAGAAUUUUGUGGUUCCUGAUGUUUUUAACAACUGGUUCUCUGCCCUAAUGACCGGCUGGGUAGGCGUGGCUAAGGGGGAUCAUGUGACUGGUGGAAGUGAGUGAUGUCGAGUUGGCCACGCCCACCCAGGUUCUGUGGCUCCCGGUGUUUUCUUUUCUGUGGGAAACGGGUCCAAAUGGCUCUUUUGAGUGUUUUAAGGUUGCAGACCCCUGCAUUAAGGGAUUCGCAAUGCUUUGGCGAAAAUGGAAUUUGAGAAUGAGUAAAUCUCCCCUUAUUUGUGUGUGUGUGUGGGGAAAAAGCUGCCUUUCCCAGGGCUUGCAAAAUAAUGAAUUAAAAAGAAGUAAAAUUUUAAAAUAGGGAGGAGGUGCCGACGGCGUGUGCCUACAGAUCCCCAAAGCACCUUACGUACCCCCCAUCAGCCCUUUCUAAUUGGAACACACAUUUUCCUGGGAUUUUUGCAGUGACAAUGCACAAACCCUUGGAUGAGCUUCUUGACAGAGCUGCCGGCGUUUGUAGGACACACAACACAACUCCAAAGCAUGUUGUUUUUUUUUUUUAAGCUUUGGAUUUGAAGCGACGCUUAGCUUUGUACAUUCUCGGUUUGUUUUAUUUUUUUUAAACAGAAACACGGGUGAUCCUUAUCUGGCUUACUGACCGUUUUGUUGGCGUCACUAAAUGGAAAUGAAUGCUGACCAUGUUUAUAAUUUGGAGUUUUGUUGCUCGUCCGUCAACAACCCAAAUUUGGGGUGUGUUUUGCAUGCUGCACACACACAGGCCAGUUAAUGAGAAUCUGUUGGGUACCAUUCUAAGCCCAUCCUUCGCACAAUGGUUUGGCUAAGAUCCAUGAUGUCAAAAUCUAGAGUUUAAAGUUUCUCCAUCUGGAGAAUGUAUGGAUUCCCCAUGCUGGCUGGGGAAUUCUGGGAGUUGAAGUCCCCACAUUUUCAAAUUUGAUAAGCUUUGAGAAACCCUGAUCGACAGCAAUAUCCUUUUUCCACUUAGCAUCGAGCAUGAUGGAACGCUGCCGAGCUUAAUUUUAGUAUUUCAAACACUAAUAACUGGAAGGAAACACACUCCUUAUUUUGAGACACUACAGUUACGUCACAAAUAAGCACUAAAUUCUUUUUUUUUUUUUUCCCUACCAUCAGCCUGGAUAGUAAAUGAAAAAGUAUAUAAUUUCAGAUUUCCUUCCGCAAUAAGAGAUGCUGGAAACUCCAUACCGAGUAAAAUGGGUUAUUUUUUUAAAAAAAUUUGGCAUGUUUUUGUUAUUUUUAUUCUCGUUUAGGAUAUAAGCUAGAAACGACUCCAGAAAGUUCUUCUUUUCGGAGUCUCUUGGAAGGAAAACAAAAACUUCAAAAGAACGCAGGGAUGUUCCUUCCUAAAUAACUUUUUUCUCUUUGCUCUUAAAUUCCAAAGACAAUCACUCGUAGUGGGGUAGGAAAGAGACGGUGGGUUUUGGAUACGGGGAAAUUUGUAUGACUGAUAUAACGAUGUCUGAAACAGUAUUAUAUAGUUGUUUACAGAACAUUUAAUAAACCUCUUUAACCCUU